AUGACAGCAAGCGAUGAGCAUGCCAGAUCCCUCCCCCUGGAUCAGCCCUUGGCGGCAGCAAGGCUUGUUCCACCGUUCUCGCAGGGAGGCAACAAUGCUGGGCAUACUGUUGUUGUAGAUUCUGUGGAGUAUGAUUUUCAUCUUUUACCCAGUGGGAUCAUCAAUCCAAAAGUUACUGCAUUCAUUGGAAAUGGUGUGGUGAUUCACUUGCCAGGACUGUUUGAAGAAGCUGAGAAAAAUUUAAAAAAAGGAAAAGGACUAGAAGGCUGGGAAAAAAGAUUAAUAAUUUCCGACAGAGCUCAUAUAGUAUUUGACUUUCAUCAGGCUGCUGAUGGCAUUCAAGAACAACAAAGACAAGAGCAAGCAGGAAAGAAUUUGGGAACUACCAAAAAAGGUAUUGGUCCAGUGUAUUCUUCGAAAGCAGCUCGAAGUGGGCUCAGAAUGUGUGAUCUUGUUUCCGAUUUUGAUGAAUUUUCAGAGAGGUUCAAAGUAUUAGCUAACCAAUACAAAGCUAUCUAUCCAACCUUAGACAUAGACCUUGAAGGGGAACUGAAAAAACUCAAGGGCUACAUAGAAAGGAUUAAACCAAUGGUGAGAGAUGGUGUUUAUUUCAUACAUGAGGCUCUGCAUGGACCACCAAAGAAAAUCUUAGUAGAGGGUGCAAAUGCAGCAUUACUGGACAUUGACUUUGGGACGUACCCUUUUGUGACCUCUUCAAAUUGUACAGUUGGAGGUGUCUGCACAGGAUUGGGUAUGCCACCUCAUAAUGUUGGGGAAGUAUAUGGAGUUGUAAAAGUAUAUACAACUAGAGUUGGAAUCGGUGCUUUUCCUACGGAACAAGAUAACGAAAUUGGAGAAUUGCUGCAGACACGAGGUAAGGAGUUUGGUGUGACCACUGGUAGGAAAAGAAGAUGUGGCUGGCUGGAUCUUGUGUUACUCAGAUAUGCCCAUAUGAUUAAUGGAUUUACUGCAGUGGCUGUUACCAAAUUGGAUAUCUUGGAUGUAUUUCCAGAAAUCAAAGUUGGCGUUGCUUACAUACUAGAUGGUGAAAUCAUACCUUAUAUUCCUGCAAACCAGGAAGUCUUAAAUAAAGUAGAGGUUCGGUAUGAGACACUUCCAGGCUGGAACACAGACAUAUCAAAUGCAAGAACAUUUGAAGAACUGCCUAUAAAUGCACAGAACUAUGUUCGCUUCAUAGAAAUGGAGCUUGGUGUUCCUGUUCAGUGGAUUGGAGUAGGGAAAUCCAGAGAGUCAAUGAUCCAGAUGUUUUAAAGAUUUCAGAUGCGUGGAAGAAAGCACACUUCUAAAAAAACAAAAACAAAAAAACCCCCCCAACAACUGCUUAGUCUUACGUGUAUUAGUAGUAGUCUACAAAUUGCAAAAAAAAAAAAAAAAAAAAAAAAGUUGGAAG